AUAUAUAUUUUUUAUAAUACUGUUUAAACGUUGAAGACAUCAACAGUUUAAUUACAUAGUUAUGGAAUUUUUCUUCUUCCUCCUCUUGUAAUAAAUAAUUAAAUUUUUGGAAUAGUUGAAUAGCUCUGUCUCUUCUUCUGGAGUCUGGACCCAACCCAUCAUUCCAGAAAUGACCGGCGAAAGUCAAGAACCUCUCUGAGCUCUCUACUCACUACUAUACUCUCUCAUCUCUCUCUCUCUCUGCGUGUAGGUUACAAGACAAUUGACACCAAGACUAAAGCUGUGUUGUUGGUUCAGUUCUCUUCUCUUUUCCAAUGUUGUCAUCAGCAAAGCAUCAGAGGAACCAUAGAGUCUCUGCUACAAACAAGAACAAGACUCUCAACAAGGUUUCUUCCAUUUCAUCCUCAUCACCAUCCUCUUCAUCAUCAUCAUCAUCAUCUCCUUUACCCUCACAAGAUUCCCAACCCCAGAAGAGAUCUCUAGUCACCAUGGAAGAAGUUUGGAAAGACAUCAACCUUGCUUCCAUCCACCACAUAAACCGUCACAGCCAACAUCCACAACACAGCCAUGAGCCACGGUUCAGGAGUCCCAACCACCAGAACCAAAACCCUAACUCAAUCUUCCAAGAUUUUCUCAACGGACCUUUGAACCAAGAGCCAGCACCCACAAGCCUGACCAUGGGUUCUGCUUCUAAUGGCGAUUCCACCACUGUCACUGCUCUCUGCAGCUCUCCGUUCCCACCUCCUGCAACUCUUCUGAGCUUGAAUUCCGGCGCUGGCUUCGAGUUUCUCGAUAACCAAGAUCCUCUUGUUACCCCAAACUCUAAUCUUCAUAGUCACCAUCACCUCUCAACCGUUCCUUCCUUCAACACCCCUUUCGAGGAUCUGGUUACAUCCACUUGUUUUGGUAGGAAAAGAGGCCAAGAGUCCAAUGAAGGUACAGGGAAUAGAAGACAUAAGCGUAUGAUCAAGAACAGAGAAUCUGCCGCUCGCUCCCGAGCUAGGAAACAGGCUUAUACAAAUGAGUUAGAACUUGAAGUUGCUCACCUGCAGGCAGAAAAUGCAAGACUCAAGAGACAACAAGAUCAGUUAAGAAUGGCUGCAGCAAUUCAGCAGCCCAAAAAGAACACACUUCAACGGUCUUCCACAGCUCCAUUUUGAGAAAUCUACAAGUCCUUAUUGAGCUAGUCAUAUGAAGAAAUGAAAAAAUGGAAAUGUUUGUACCUUUUUUUGUUAGCUAUAAGUAUAACUAAGCUAAAUUUGUAGAACUAAGAUAUUGUAGGGGAAAGAAAGAUGGUGUAAAAAAACAACCCUGAAAGAGAAAAGGAUCUUUCAGAAGGCACAGGAACAUCUGUCCUGGGGCCUCUCUUCAUGUUCUGUCGUUAUUACUCAACCCUUUUUCACUUCGGUACUAACUUCUACUUGUAUUCUUGUAGUAAUGUUCUACUUCCUCUUCUAAUACUAGUAAGAACAAAAAAAACAUAUGUUUUACUGUUUAACCAAUUUGGUUCUCAAUAGAAACCAUUGUUUCAAUGACCAAUAGACAAAACAGUGCUCCAUUUAAAUGAUGACAAUAGCAGAGAAAAGUGAGAAGGGGACCUGUCACUUAACAUUUAAUUUUCUCCUUGUACAUUAUAGCAAAAAUAUCCAUUCGUUUGCCUGGCUACCAUACAAGCCAACAACUUGCACUAUGAAAUUGAAAUCUCCAAGCCAAUGGGAAUUAAGUCACCCACUUUUUUGGUUGGUCAAGAGAGAACAUGAUAAGGUUUUUAUUCAGUCUAGUCACUCGCCACGCUUAAUUUAUUCAUUUAGCUUUUGCUAUAUCUGGUCACCAUCAAAAACACUAGGUGUGUGUUCGUGUUCAUUUGGUCUAUCAGGAAAAUAGUUGUAUCCUCUUUUGGUCCAAUCUCGGUAACCUGACAGUGAUAAGUCUUAUUGAUCCACUUUUGGUUGUUGAUAUUUGAUUGUGUAUUCUUUUAAGCAACCAAAAGUAGACA